ACUUCAUGCUAACCUGACGUCUCCAAGGAAUUGCAGUGAUUAUAAAAAAUGGUAUCCGCAAGGUAUCCUAUUGAAAAAUGGAGCCGCCCACAGCUGGAAGACCACUUUCACAAUGUUGUUGAAGAGCUCAACAAGGCACAAAAGAAGGUUAAAGAGCAGGAGAAACAGAUUACAACAUUCAAUAGCAGAUUUCGCCGAAGUAUGUUGGAACGAAAAAGCCAAAAUGAGAAAGUAGUGGAACGUUCGAAAUAUGACGAUGUGGUGAAAGAAAAUCAGAUUCUUGAUAUGAAACUGAAAGCAGCCAAACAACAACUUUUGAUCUACACAGCACCAUCCGCAAGAGCUACAACUGCGUCAAUGAUGACUGGAAGAUCAACUUUUCGUCAGCCACCAUCAACAUUUCGACAACGACCUCCAUUAACUGCUGGAACUACUGGAUCUAUUGAUCGGCCAGGUUCCGCUCCGGUGGCAAGAAAAAAAUCUGAUGGAGGUGAAAAACUGCAACUUGCUACGGAUGAGAAGCUCGCGAUUGUCAGAUUGAAUCGAACUCUCAAGAAUAAAAAUGACGAAAUUACAGAGUUAAAAUAUACAAUUGAAAAAUUGAGACAGCUAAAAUCAUCUGUAAAUCAGUCAUCUCCUCCAACUCGACUGUCUACAUCAUCAUCCUCCAAAUCAUCUUCCUCCAACAACAAUAAUGACGGUGAAGGAAAAGACUCAGAACUUGAAGAAAUGUCAGAAAUGAGUGAUGACGAGUCGGGAAGAUCCACGCCAGUUAUUGAAGAGAAGAAAAAGCCGAGAAGAAAAUCUAGAAAAUCAUCACAUCAAGAACCAUCGAAAAACCCGAUACCACCACCUCGUAUCCCAGAUCAAACUGAAAAAGUGCUGUUGGAUAAGCUGAAAGUGGCUGAGAAUGACUUGGCUAUGCUGCAAGAGGAAUGUGAUUUAGUGAAAAAAGCGAACGAGCGGCUCGUGCAUCAAUCCCUAUCAAAAUCUACGGAGUACGGAGCACGGGAAAGUAUAGAAGAAAAGAAAAAGAUUGUUGAGCUAGAGGAGCUUCUUAAAGAGACUGAGAAAAGAAUCAAGGAAAGUGAACACAGACGUCGUGAAGAUCAGAAGAAGUUUGAAGCUAUGAGAUUGCAUUAUAAAAAUAAAUACGAUGCUGCGAAGAAGACAGAGAAGAAACUUUCGGUAGUGGCGAAGAAUUCUAAAGUUGAGGAGGAAAGGAUAGAAGAGGAAAAGAUCUCUCACUCCCCACCUCCAAUGACAUUUGAGCCAAUUCGAAAACGGCAUUCACAGAGUGAAAUAAGUCGAAUGCGAAGAGCUGACGAUGAUCUUCUUCAAAAAUUAUAUAAAGAAGUUGCUGAUAUUCUACAUUCUCAUGAUGUUGGAAUCGCUGAAAUUAAUACUCUUGGAGCUAGUGAAAAUAGUCUUGCAAGAUGGCAAAAACUGUAUUCUGAGCUGUACGAAGAACUCGAGAAAGUCAGAAAUAUGUUGUUGAUUCAAUAUGAUAUCAAUCAAAAACAAAUGAAAGAGAUAAAACUGCUCAAAGAUGAACUAGACAGGUUGAAGACAGUCAGCGCAGAAAUACUUUCAAAAUCACGGGAGGAAGUUGAAGAGAGGCAAAAGAAGAUAUUCAUGCUUGAGGAGCAAAUAAGAACAAUAGCAUAUUCAGGACAACAGCCUGUUAAGCUAUUGGCAAAUCAGAUUAACAUUCCAACACCUCGAGUAAACACGGAUUUAUCAGUAAAACUAAUAAAUGUGAAGCCAUCUCCAUCUCUCACGUCCAAGUUUUUCUUCUCUUUGGAAUUCUUUGACUUCCAAUUAGAAACCACUCCGAUAAUGGAUGCAAAGCAACACAAUAUGGAUUUCACAACGGUCUAUGAUGUCUUGGUUUCAAAUCUUUUGAUUCAUUAUUUGCAAACGAACGGAAUAGUCAUCGAAAUGUACCGACCGGCAAGUGACUGCUACAAGCUUUUAGCCGCUGCCACAAUCUCCCUUAUUCCCUUGUUUGAGGACAGUGUUCUUCGAAAAUUCUGCUCCGAAAUUAUGCUGAAAUCCGUGGAUACUGGCGUCGAAAUGUGCACGUUGAGAUACGAAAUUGAAGUUUCACAACCGAUUUCUGAUAGCUUUAAGAAAUUCAAGAAAAGCGAAAUGGCUCGAAAUAUGCUCCCACUGCAACUUGAAAAUGAGGAUACAGAAGACACUAAUUUCGACCCACUGACAAUUAUGGUGAACCGAGUUGUCGGACUGGAUACUUUCGGAAAAGAUCCAUCAACUGAAUUCUGUAUCGUCGACGAGUUUUUGUCCUUCUCUCCGUAUUUCACCGAUUUUUCAACAAGUUCUGAAAUAAGAUCUAAACGGGAUUGCUACAUCCCAAAGAUUGAUAUCGCAAGGAAUUUGUUUGCAACUUCCAGUAUCUCCUUCUUCCUAAUCGAGAAUAUUCCAAGACAGGACGGUGUCAUUGCCACUUUACACCUUCCACUUCAUCCACUUUGCAAGCUCGGUGGAUCUAUAAAAGGAACAUUCCCAAUGCUUGACACCGAUGGGAGACCAAGCUCUGUAUCGCUGGAUCUUUGUCUAAUUUGGAAACACGAAAUCCCAUCAUUCUUCUUGAAACAUGAACCAAAAGAACCACUGAAAGAAGUUAAGGAUACUCCGAUCCUUCCUCAACCGGUCAGGCGAACAUCCAAAGAGUUUGUGGUGACGCCUGUUAAAGAAGCUGAACUUCAUGAUGCUGAGCCAACUUCCAUGCCUCCAAAAGCUCCAGAGCCCACAACUGCACCGCUCAGAAGGUUGUCAACAGAUUCAUCAGAUACAUCAUUCUCUCAUAGCUCAAAAGAUCUGUUUAGCCCUCCAACAAAUCCCCAAACCUACGACUACGAGAUACCCGCAGUUACACCUGCGCUUGUUGAUUCCGAUGGAGAAGAAGAAGCUGAUAGAAUUGUAUUCGAUGAUGAUGAUGACGAAAUAGAGUCGGUGUCAGCAGUAUCAUCCCAGAGAGAUCCCGAGCCUCUAGAAGUUCCAGAGCGACAAGUAGAAAACCUUCCUUCUCCGGAGGAUACACCAAGACCAUCAGACCCCUUGAAACCAAAUGGUACUAACGAGAGUAAGGAGUCUACACCAGUGACACAACGAUCUGUUGAUAAGACGGAUGACGUGGCACCUGUAGAUCCAGAGUUAGAACCAGAAUCAGGGCCAGAACCAGAGCCGGUGGUGGAAUCAGAGCCUAACGAGGUAGCUGAAACCGAGGAAGAUAGAAAAAGAGAGUUAAAAACCGAAGAGCUCAAGAGCCUUCUUGGAGCUCUCCCUCCAAUUGCAAAACCCAGGAAUAUACCGGUUGGACCAAUUGCGUUGACUGAGCAACCAGAAGCUACCAGGCAACAAGGUUCAACAGGAAGAAUUUUAUUCACAGAUCCGUUGCAUUUUUCAGUUCCACCAUCUGAAUCCUCGUCAACUUCAUCACCACGUCGCGCCGAAAAAGCACCUGUUCCACUGCCGGAUUAUGAAGGGCAUAGUUUGAUCAAAGUGCGAAAACCGUUGUCACCAACCGACAAAGAUGUACUGGAACCGAAUAUGAAAGUUUCAAUACAAUUGGAAACAUUUGAACUUGUUCCCGGAUCAAGUCUGACUCCAUUGACAAGAGAAGAGACGACGUUUUUCGUUGAUUGGGUAUUUUUGGAUUUUACGAAUGAGCAGUCGAAGAGUACGAUAUUUGAUUUUCCGAGAAGACCACAAGAAAUGGUGGAUAUUCGAUAUACAAAAGAAUACACCCUGACGCGUGGUCAACUUUCUCUUCUCGAUCAAUGGAUCCGUGCUAGCAUCAAAUUUGAGUUAACCAUCAUCAAGAUCAGUCCAGGCGACGAAGAGGAGCUCGGCUUCGGAAGUUUGAUUUUAGUGCCAAACAACACACAGAACAAAUCGUUUGUAAUUGAUGUUUACGAUCGGAGUGGAAUUGUGCAAGCCGAGAUGACAUUGACAUUGCAUUUCUCAAGAGCAUUAAUUGAACAAUUGACCUGAGAAAAUUGAAAAAUACGGUUUAAAUAAUUUGUUAGAUUAUAUUUUCAACAAAUUAAUAAAUAUUUUGGUUAAAAAAAAA